UAAUUACUUACUAAUCUGCUGCUGGUGCGUGUUCAAACAAAGCCCAUCAACGUGGUCCACGUGCACACCAGAUCACUGGCAGCCAGUAACGAGCCCUUCUCUCUACUUUUUACGAAGGUACAUACAAGACAUAUCGUCCUCACAUUGCCUUUGGAGACUCUCGCAGUCCAAUUGAAGCUUCCCUAAUGACUCCACGACUCCCAACGUCUAUCUCCGGGGUUCCAGCCAGGAUGCUUGCUGUGUUCCCAUUUCUCACAGUCGCAGCGGCUUACAUAGUUAUGGUCCGGUGUCUCUACGGGAAUGGCCUGGUCCCAAAGUUACACGCAGUAUGUGGCGCGCCAGUAGAGGGGGAAUCGUUCCCAACGCGCAUUGCAUACACCAAUAUCCCCGCUCUCGACUUCAACAUCUGCACCAUCGUUACGUUUUAUCAUGGCUUGAUGAACACGACCUACCGACCGCUUCUAAUCCAUAUGUGCACCACGCUUUCUGCAAUCGCCAUAAUCCCUUUCGCAGAAGCCACUCACGAAUAUCACUCCAAGCGGCUCAAAAUGCCUGCGACUGUUUGCAUGAUUUUCCAGCUCUGCAGCUGUGCGGUGGUCAUGCCAAUUUAUUGGUUUGCCUUUGCGCAUACAGGUGGCACAACCCGUCGCAGCGACAGAAUCAGUCAAGGGAACGCAGAAGCACUUUUAUUUGCCCUUGUUGUUGGCUAUGCUAUCCCCACCGUUUGCAUGGUGGUUUUUGAAGACCCGGUGGUGACUGCGAUAUGGCAGUUCUUCCCACUGUUCAUGAAAAUCGCCCAGUGGGCACACUCCAAAAUCCGACCGCCUUCGCAUCACUCUGGAUCGGGAUACGGCACUGUUCAAGCCAUGUACUUGCUUGUAUACGUCACUUCCGCUUAUUUGCACGUUGCGCACAUCUGGCCUCUCUUCAACAGCCCGGCGCUCGUCCAAAAGCUUAUAGUACCCCCUACGGCUCCUUUGGACCCGUCAGCAAUUUCUGUUGCUGAAGGUGUGGCAGCGUUCCUGAAGUGGGAUAUGGCAUUCGCAGCGGGCUCGACUAUCUUGAUGACAUUGUGGUUCGCCAGAAGUCUGAUGAGCUUUACGGUGUUAAUUUUGUGGCAUGUGUCGGCUGCUUUCAUAGUGGGACCUGCAGCUGCAAUCGCCGGAGUAAUGAUGUGGAGAGAAGCGACAAUAGAUGCACAGGCCAUUUCCAAGGCAGAGAAAGUUCGAUGAUGGUUGUCGCUGGGAGCCCCACAACUCUGUAUAUACACUUCAAUAGUCUUGAGUAGUUUUUUGAGAAUUUUUUGUAGAAUGGGCAGCAGAUUUGAAAACACUUAUGGACG